UUAAACUGUUGUGAAACACUGAUUAUAACAGAUCUUAAAAACAUUUGUGAUCGAAGAUGAUCACGCUCUUGACGACAAUCUGAAAACUGAAGCUCGUUAAACUGAAAAAUUUUGUAAUAUGUUACUCAGACUGAAGGUCAGAAAGUUUCUAGAUCAACGAUACUUACAUAGUCGUGACUUUUGCAUAGAAAAAAAAAUUUUUAAUAUUGUGAAACACGAUCUAGAAUAAGUGUUCAACGGUUUAGGGAUAGAAAUGUGGACCCUCUUUCCACAGGUCAUGACAGACGGGCUUCUGAAAUUACGUUUUUAAUACACGAUUGGCAAUCAUAUAUCAUCAACAUCUCAUGAAAAUAUAUAAACUACGUCCUUAUUGCAGUUCUAGAGAGUAUCGUGGUUCAUAUUUCAAUCUUACAGAGAUUGCACGUACAGCUUUAUUUAUUUUUUUUUUCUAGGUUGUCACUUGUAGAAGGCGUGCUAUUUUCUAAUGGAACGCUUCACUCUUCUUCUCCUUUGUUUUUUAUGCGAACGUCAGAGCUUUUGGCAACUUUAUAGCAAGUAAUAGUGAUUUCGAUGAAGUACAUGUCGAGAUUUUAUUAAAAAAAAAAGAAAUAAAAAUUUUUUAAGGAUGUGACAAUGUAUAAAUUAUCAACAAAAUCAUUAAUAAUUUUCUCAUCCGAUGGAGAUUGUCAACAUGAAUAUAAAUUUGGUGAAGUCAAUGGUCUUGCUUCACUCGUUUAA